CCUGACAAAGGAUCACACUUUGCUAUCGAUCGAUUGAUUUACCUUCUGGUAUUUGGUAAAUGUGCAAAACCAUUAACUUGCUGGGGGAUUUUUUUCGUUCAAUGAAAGCUGUGCAGAGAAAUUAUUAAUGUUUGCUCGUCUUCAUUAGGUUCAUUAGAGCUAUUGUCAAGUGUGCUAUGUGUGUUGCGAGCCAGGCUAGUGUGUAAGCAGUCGUCUGUGUCUCAGUCCUGCCUCUGCCUUUACCACUAUCUGACAAGACUCAGAACCAUCAAGGUUUCAUCUCCACCAAAAGCACAAGACUUCAGCCGAACAUGAAGACCCUCUUAAAAGUGCUACUGGGGAUUGUGGCAACUUCUGUCAUCGUAGUGGCUAUCGUGGUGCCCCUCGCAGUGCUGAUGCCGAGCAAAACUAAAUGGAUCCUCUUGGACAAAUACAGGGUUUCUCAAAAAGAUGGACGUCCAAAAUUCACUUUAGAUGAUUGUUUCAACGACAUUUACAAGUACAAAACCCACAACGUCCGAUGGAUCUCAGAGAACGAAUACCUACAUAAAAACGUCGACGGAAAUAUCUUGCUCUAUAACAUUGAUACAGACACUGUGAGCACCCUUCUGUCCAACAGCACUUUUGAGCAAGUCAAAUCUGAUGAUUACUUACUGUCACCUGAUGAAAAGUUUAUUUUACUUGAAAGCAACUACACAAAGACUUGGAGGCAUUCCUACACAGCAUCUUACUCCAUUUACGAUUUGAGUACUGGCAAUUUUGUGUCUGACGCCAAGCUCCCUCACACGAUACAGUACAUCACCUGGUCCACAGUGGGUCACAAACUGGUCUAUGUUUCCAAUUAUAAUAUAUAUUUGAAAUCUGAACCUAAAAGUGCUGCCAUACAAAUAACACAGAAUGGGGAGAAAAAUAAGAUUUACAAUGGGAUCCCGGACUGGUUAUAUGAAGAGGAAAUGUUUAGCUCAAAUUCUGCUUUAUGGUGCUCAACCGGUGGGAGAUUUUUUGCUUAUGGUGAAUUCAAUGACACACUGGUUCCUCUGAUAGAGUAUUCAACGUACGGUGAUGGGCAGUAUCCAGAAACAACAGAGAUUACAUAUUCCAAGGCCGGAGCGAAUAUUCCUACAGUUAAGUUGUUUGUUGUAGACACCACCAAUAUGACGAAUGUGCAGCUUCCAGUUCCUGAUAAUAUUAAGUCGAGUGAAUAUUAUCUAAGUAGCAUAACAUGGGUAACAAAUGAACGGAUUGCUGUCCAAUGGAUUAAACGAAUACAGAAUUAUUCCAGUUUAGUCAUCUGUGAUUUUGUUGCACCCGACAGUUGGGAUUGUAAAAUGAAACAAUCAUCUAUUGAAACAAGUUCCACAGGGUGGAUUGGUAAAUUUCGUCCAUCAGAACCUUUCUUUACUUCAGACGACACAAAUUUCUACAAAGUAAUGAGCAAUGCUGAGGGAUAUAAUCACAUUCACUAUGUGACUGGUACUAAAGCCACACCAAUUACCAUGGGAAAAUGGGAGGUUAUAAGCAUAAAUGCCUUGACAAAGGACACCCUUUACUACAUCAGCAAUGAACAUGAAGGCUAUCCGGGGAGGAGAAACUUAUAUAAGAUUGGAAUUGGAAAUCAAUCUGAGAAGAAAUGCAUCACUUGUGAUCUGGAUGUGAAUAGGGGUCAAUAUUACUCUGCAUACUUUAGCAAAAGUGCUAAAUAUUAUGUGUUGUAUUGUUAUGGUCCUGGAGUACCUAGUGUUAAGCUUUACAAUGCCAGUACUGAUCAAGAAAUAAAAACUCUCGAAGACAAUAAAGAAUUGGAAGACGAGCUCAGGAAGAUUCAGAUCCCUACAAAAGUACUGAAAUCUCUGCAGCUGGACGGCACAAAAUACUGGUAUCAAAUGUUCCUUCCACCAAAUUUUGAUGAAUCGAAAAAGUAUCCUCUCCUCAUUGACGUGUAUGGGGGACCAGCGAGUCAGAAAGCGGACGCUCGUUUUUCCAUUGGUUGGGCAACGUAUCUUGCCAGCUCAGAAGAUAUUAUUGUCGCCAGUUUUGAUGGACGGGGUAGCGGGUUCCAAGGUGACCAAAUAAUGCAUUCACUGUAUCGCCGGCUGGGCACGUAUGAAGUGGAGGAUCAAAUUAGAGCAACAAGAAAAUUUAUUGAAUUGGGAUAUAUUGAUGAGAAAAGAAUAGCAAUUUGGGGAUGGUCUUAUGGAGGCUAUGUUACAUCUAUGGUACUUGGAGCCGGGAGCAAAGUGUUCAAGUGUGGAAUGGCGGUCGCUCCUGUGUCAAAUUGGACAUAUUAUGAUGCGAUGUAUGUUGAGCGUUAUAUGGGACUCCCAACUGAAGCUGAUAAUCUUAAAUUCUACCGGAAUUCUACUGUGAUGCAAAGAGCUGAGAACUUUAAAUUGGUUGAUUAUCUUCUCAUCCAUGGAACAGCAGAUGAUAACGUUCAUUUCCAGCAAGCUGCACAGAUCUCAAAAGCUCUUGUUGAUAAUGGAGUGGAUUUCAGCGCAAUGUGGUACACAGACAAGGACCAUGGUCUGAGUGGUCAUGCCAACAAACAUGUCUACACACACAUGUCCUAUUUUCUCAAACGAUGUUUCUCUCUCACUUAGUAAUGCAACACCUACUCUGAAGUUCGCCAGCCAAAAGACUCCGACUGUUCUCAUUAACAUUUUAUUUCAAGUGUUGUUGUUGGUAAAAGUAAAGCAAAUCAAGGCUAAGAAUGUUUUAUUUUGUUCUAUUCAUAAUAAUGUAGAAACCAUAAUACACAAGUUUUUGGUGCCUGAUUCGCUGCACCUAUAUAUUAUAACAAUUGAUUUAUGAGUUCCAGAUUAUUUUAAGUACAUUUCACCACACUUCAGUGAUGUGUAAAGCUGUUGUGAUCAUUGCCAGAUUGGCUCACACACACAAAAGAAAAAAACUUUAAUGACUAGUGCAUAAACCUGAUAUAAUUUCACACAAAUUAUAAUGACUAUUUUUGCUGUGGCAAACAUUAUUCUCAUUGCCAUUUGCUAAUACUUCACAAAAUAGUUGGUAUUUGUUAAACAGAAAUUCAACAGUAUCUAAUAGUUUUUAAACAGCUUCAUGACUUCCUUUAAAAUUAUUGGAAGUCAACAGAAGGAAAAUUGAAUUGUCCACUGUCACAAUAAUUUCUGGUUACUGUAUUGUUUUUUAUGUAAUUUGGAAAAACUACAGUAUUUGUAUGUCUCAUGUGACACCUCACGCUGUGUCUCACAUUUCUCAAGCAUUAUUGAUCAUUAAACCUAUGUGAAGCUUCAAACCAUUUCUUCAAUGGCAGUAAUGUUAACAUCAACUUCUUUGGCAGCCAAACACACACAGUUUACAUUGUUCCUUGAUGGUAUUUCUGCAAUCCAUGCCUGUCUGUGGGACACUGCCAUGCGCAAUUGGCUGCUGCAUUUUGCCCACAAAACACAUGGAUGAUCCACUUUACAAUAUAUUCUGUGAAGCGCUUUGAAACGUCUCGACCACGUGAUAAGGCGAGGACUGUAUUAUCUUAUUGUUGGUGUAGAACAAGAUCGUGUGAGUUCUACACAAGAAGUAAAGAAUUAGAAGUGAAUAAAUAUUUUUAAAAAAUAUUCAAGGGCUUCCAUUAAUACUCCAUGAUAGGUUUCAAAAUACAUAUUGUAAUCAAUAAAAUAUCACCUCCUUUUUGAAGAA